AUGGCCUCAAAGAGCCUGGCACCGGGCCUGGCCCGCAGUAAGCACUGGAGAGCGUCCGUUCUUGGCACCGCGUGCCUGAUGUCCCUGCUGGCUAUAACUUGGUGUCCCCCCACCCGCCCCGUUUUACAGACGCCACAGCAGUAUGAGAGAGAGUACAACAACAAGCGGUCAGGCGUGGGGCCCAGCAAGUUCCACGGGUACGCCUACGAUGGCAUCUGGGUUAUUGCCAAGACGCUGCAGAGGGCCAUGGAGACGCUGCACGCCAGCAGCCGGCACCAGCGGAUCCAGGAUUUCAACUACACGGACCACACACUGGGCAGGAUCAUCCUCAAUGCUAUGAAUGAGACCAAUUUCUUCGGGGUCACGGGUCAAGUUGUGUUCCGGAAUGGGGAGAGAAUGGGGACCAUUAAAUUUACUCAAUUUCAAGAUAGCAGGGAGGUGAAGGUGGGAGAGUACAACGCUGUGGCUGACACACUGGAGAUCAUCAACGACACUAUCAGGUUCCAAGGAUCCGAGCCACCAAAAGACAAGACCAUCAUCCUGGAGCAGCUCCGAAAGAUCUCCCUACCUCUCUACAGCAUCCUCUCUGCCCUCACCAUCCUGGGGAUGAUCAUGGCCAGCGCUUUUCUCUUCUUCAACAUCAAGAAUCGGAAUCAGAAGCUGAUAAAGAUGUCCAGUCCGUAUAUGAACAACCUCAUUAUCCUCGGAGGGAUGCUCUCCUAUGCAUCGAUAUUUCUCUUUGGCCUUGAUGGAUCCUUUGUGUCUGAAAAGACCUUUGAAACACUUUGCACCGUCAGGACCUGGAUUCUCACCGUGGGCUACACAACCGCCUUUGGGGCAAUGUUUGCAAAGACAUGGAGGGUCCACGCCAUCUUCAAAAAUGUGAAAAUGAAGAAGAAGAUCAUCAAGGACCAGAAGCUGCUGGUGAUUGUUGGGGGCAUGCUGCUGAUCGACUUGUGCAUCCUGAUUUGCUGGCAGGCUGUAGAUCCUCUGAGGAGGACGGUGGAGAGGUACAGCAUGGAGCCGGACCCAGCAGGACGAGACAUCUCUAUCCGCCCACUCCUGGAGCACUGUGAGAACACCCACAUGACCAUCUGGCUUGGCAUCGUCUAUGCCUACAAGGGGCUUCUCAUGCUGUUCGGUUGUUUCCUGGCUUGGGAGACGCGCAACGUCAGCAUCCCUGCCCUCAAUGACAGCAAGUACAUUGGGAUGAGUGUCUACAAUGUGGGGAUCAUGUGCAUCAUCGGGGCCGCCGUCUCCUUCCUGACCCGGGACCAGCCCAACGUGCAGUUCUGCAUCGUUGCCCUGGUCAUCAUCUUCUGCAGCACCAUCACCCUCUGCCUGGUGUUCGUGCCCAAGCUCAUCACUCUGAGAACAAACCCAGAUGCAGCAACCCAGAACAGGCGAUUCCAGUUCACUCAGAAUCAGAAGAAGGAAGAUUCUAAAACGUCCACCUCAGUCACCAGCGUGAACCAAGCAAGCACGUCCCGCCUGGAGGGCCUGCAGUCUGAAAACCAUCGCCUUCGAAUGAAGAUCACCGAGCUGGAUAAAGACUUGGAAGAGGUCACUAUGCAGCUGCAGGAUACACCAGAAAAGACCACCUACAUUAAACAGAACCACUACCAAGAACUCAAUGACAUCCUCAACCUUGGGAACUUCACUGAGAGCACAGAUGGGGGAAAGGCCAUUUUAAAAAACCACCUCGAUCAAAAUCCCCAGCUACAGUGGAACACAACAGAGCCCUCUCGAACAUGCAAAGAUCCUAUAGAAGAUAUAAACUCCCCAGAACACAUCCAGCGCCGGCUGUCCCUCCAGCUCCCCAUCCUCCACCACGCCUACCUGCCGUCCAUCGGAGGCGUGGACGCCAGCUGCGUCAGCCCCUGCGUCAGCCCCACCGCCAGCCCCCGCCACAGACACGUGCCACCCUCCUUCCGAGUUAUGGUCUCUGGCCUGUAGGGGUGGGAGGCCUGGGGCCGGGGCCUCCCCCAUGACCGAACCUCACGGAGCAGAGGCCACGGGAACACUGUCAGCUCUGGCUGCGGAGCCGCUGGGCGCCACGGCUGGCCUUGUGGGGCUGCUCGGUGGCACUCACGUGGACAGGAUGGGGGCACUUGGCACCUGACCUCGCGCCUUAUUUGUGAAGUUUUUAUUCUUUCACAAAGAAGAGGAGUGGAAAUGACUUCUUCCUCGAUGUCUGCAAAGAAGGAGGAGCUGGGAUAUUUGAAACUUUGCAAAAAACAAAACAAAACAAAACAAAUCCUAGACAAGGAGAGAAUCACUAGAACUCCAGCUAGAAGUCACCGAGUGUCCCUGAGCAGCCUUGAGAAGAGGCGAGGGGCUUCUGGAGAAACCGCCUCUGCCUCUGCACACACAUCCCUGGCUGUGCCCCUCCUCCCCGCCCAGGCCAGCCCCCCUGCCCUCUGGGGAAGGAGGUGGGCAGGGCAGCCAGGCAGGCCCCCAGCCUUCCUGGAACAGGGAGUCUGCAGGGCAGCCAGGUGGCCCGAGGGCUGGGGUACGGGAGCAGGCUGACUCCCAUGCCUCCCGGUGGGACCUUACUCUCUGAUAAAUGCCACACGUUAACACAAUAACACCCGUUCCAGGACCGUGGGGAUUUAGGGCACGUCACUGCAGACCCGCUCUGCAGCAUUCACCGACAGUCGGUCAUGCACCCACCACGUUGGCCAUGUCCUUGUGUUUGUAUCAGGUGUUCCAGUAAUCAGGGGGACCACCCGAGCUAAUCAUGGAAUGUCUGUUCCCAGCAAACACGCUAAAGAAAGACUGUGCACUUUAACCUCUCAUCAGGGCCCAAGGGCUGGCUGGGGUUGGUUUUUUUCCCACUGACUUUGUUUCUGACCAAAGUGAAUCAGGCAUUCUGCUAGAAGACAUCCCUGUAGUCGUAGGGAGAGAGUUGCUAGCCGAGGGCUCUCCUUGGCUUCCCCAAGGUGGCCUUGCAUCUGGACAAGCCGGGGAGCUCGCCCUUGGGGGUCACAGGGGUGACCAGUCAACACACUGGUUCUCAUUCAUAAGAUCACUCUUCCCUCUCAGCCGAACCCCAGAGAGCACUGGCCUGGGAGUCAGACGAACCUGGGCUCAAGUCCUCACUCCAUGGCUGACUCCCUCCAUGACCUUGGGAAAAUCACUAGUGUCUCUCUGAGCCUCCGUUUCCCCUCCCCAACAAAUUGGGGUUGAAAUAACCCCCGUCCUGCCUACCUCACAGGGUCGCUCUGAGGAUCAAAACUUGAUCUUGUCCGGGAAAGCUUCGUACCAAACCAUGAAGCAGCCCUGACCCGUGAGAAAUCAGGAUGACCAUGACCUUCGGCCCUCACGACCACCAGGGGUUUGGCUCAGAGAAGCUCCCAGCACAGCCCUCUACCAAGAUAACCUGGUGGAGAGAGGCUCCCAAUGACUUUUGUGACAUUCCUAGACAGGUUCCUUCUUUGCUAAAGAAAGGCCUGAAGGACAGCGUCCAGGACGUCUGCACAACUGAGCGGUUGCUCACUCCCUAAAGAAACCUAAUGGCAGCUUCAACAGGCAGGCAAUAAUCUCUUCCCCGACCACUGAAGUCAGGAAUAUACUGCUGUCACCACCAGACUUUGACAAAAGGGCCCACAGGAAUCCUACCAUCGCCAACAUUUCAAAAACACCCUAUUUCACGUAGCAUAGCUUCCCCCUCCCCUCCCCCCAAGAGAGGUUAUGGAGGUACUGUAGCUUUUAGGGAAAAAAAAAAAUGUCAACACAUCACAGGUCAAAUUGAAGUCAUUGUCUGUUUUAGGCACUACAAAUCGGUGUUGUCACUCACUGUGUAUUACCAGUAUUGACUUGCUUUCUUGAUUUCACCAAAACCAGAUUUAAUUUAAAGGACCACUUAAUUUUUCCAAGGGAAGGAGACAAUUCAUUGUACAUAAUGUAUACACACACACACACACACACACACACACAAAAUAUACCUGUAGAAAUAUUAUUCCAGCAUAACAGGAAACAGAAACGAAAAAGUAUUGGACAGUCGGAGGUGAGUGUGUGCGUCCGUAACCCGUUGUGACCCCUGACCGUGCUCAGUCUUCUAGGUUCACCCACGAAGUACAUUUUCUGUCUUAAUGAUACUGUAGGUUUUCCCAUUUUUUUUUUAAUUUCCCUGCAAAUAACAAGACCCACAGAAGUGACUCUAGCUAUCUAACGGUUCUUUUAUAUGCAGCAAACACACCGUACAUUUCCGAAGAGGCUUCAGCCUGAAGGCAUUUUCCAGUGACGUUAGUGCACAAAUGCUUUAAAUUAGACCGGGACUGCCAGAAUCAAAUGUAAAUGAGGAAUUUCUCGUACCCCUAUUGCAUGGUAUCAAUUUUUAAUAAAUUGUUGCAAAUUUGUUUUUAUGAA